ACAAACCACUCUUCUGUAUCAUUAUGCCCUUGAAUAGAUGAGCCUGUGCGAAGUCCUCUGCUUUUAAAUGUGUUGCUGUCGUUGAAGAUAUUUAGAGGUUUUGUGGGGGUUUUAUUUCCUUCAGGUUUUGUCUGAGUUUUUGGUAUUCUUUUUCUGGGGCAGAAACAAUGGCUUUCUUUAUGAAAACUAUGAUAAGUAGUCAGGUAAAGAAUUUAGGACUUGGUGGCAGGUCUGAAGAAAAAAAAGAAGAAGGAGGUACAUCUGAUUCUGCCGCAGCUCAGGGGAUGACUAGAGAGGAAUAUGAGGAAUACCAAAAGCAAGUGAUCGAGGAGAAGAUGGAAAGAGAUGCUGCCUUUACACAAAAAAAGGCAGAGAGGGCGUGCCUCAGAGUUCACCUCAGAGAAAAGUACAGACUCCCAAAGAGUGAAAUGGACGAGAACCAAAUCCAGAUGGCUGGAGAUGAUGUGGAUUUGCCCGAAGAUCUCCGGAAAAUGGUAGAUGAGGAUGAAGAAGAGGAAGAAGAUAAGGAUUCUAUUCUCGGGCAGUUACAGAAUCUCCAGAACAUGGACUUGGAUUCCAUCAAAGAAAAAGCCCAGGCCACCUUCACGGAGAUCAGGCAGACAGCGGAGCAGAAGUGUUCUGUGAUGUGAGGGGCAGGGCAGGCAUGGAGGAGGCGGCCAGGUGAGGGUGGAGGUGACCCCUCCCCCGUGGAGCAUCUCAAACCGCAUGGGCUUUAACGCAGUGAACAGUUAGGAAAACCAUAGGAAAAGCUCUCUACAGACACAUAGCUUGGUUGUUCUAAAUACCUUCCAGCAGGAAUCAUACUGUCCUUUUAGUUAUAAGUGUGGUCAAGCAUGACCUUUCAGCUGUGAAUGUUGCAGAACACACCUCUGCUUGAAGAUCUUCAGGAUAGCCAGGAAGAAACAAAAGCGAGUGGCAUUUCAUCCACGACUUCCUUCUUAGAGGGCAAGGUCUCACCCUGUCCAACAAUUAGCAGGACUCCAGGUCCCUUCAGAGAAAGAUGUGGAAGGUCAGGGCGCCCACUGGGGAGCCCAGGCUGCAGGCUCAAGGGCUGUCAAAGAUCACACCACCUCUCACUCCAGGCUUCUUGAUGUCGUUGAUGCUUCUCGUCAAGUUUUGCGUGACGCCAAGGAGCAGGGAUGGGGUAGAAGAUGAGAAGGAGGCAGAGACUAGACUUCGCCAGCAUCUGCCUUGGAGACCAUCAUUCUAGAAGCAUGUGAAGAAUGGAUGUGGGUGGAGGUGGGAAGUUGGGGGGAAGGGGAGGUGGAAGCUAGAGGCAGGGGGACAACUGGAAAGGCUACCGCUGUUGCUGUAUUCAGUGUCAUCUCCUCUUGAACUUGGUGAUAGCAUGGGGACCAAAAGGGUGGACAAAUAGCGUUGAGAUGUUACACCCAUCUCUGUGUGUGUGUCUCUUUAUCUCUCUCCUCCCCUUUUCUCUCUCAUCCUCUUCUCCUCUUCUUGCUCCUCUCUCUACCUCUCCUCCUUCUUUUUCUUUCCUGUCCCUCCCCAUCCCACCCCUUCAGACUGGAUUCCAAUAAACCAUGCUAUUUUCAUUCUGUGCCGCAGUCUUCCAGGCUACAGUCAACCCUCCGUCUCCACAGAUGCGGAACCCGCGGAUGCGGAACCCAGGGAUAUGGAAGCCGACUGUACCAUGCCAUUUUAUAUAAGGGACUUAGCAUCCUUGGAUUUUGUAUACACGGCAGGUCCUGGAACCAAUCCCUGGCAGAUACCCAGGCACGACCAUAUACAUAGAUUUCUUUUGCCUAAUGUUUGCUCUCUUUCAAAGGAAAUUACCCAGAAGAGUUAGAACUUUACCUCUGAGGCACUUAGAGCUGUUUAACCAAACCCAACCCAACCAAAACAAAAUACUGUUUUCUCCAUGAACCUUCACAGAAUAAAUAAUUCUCAAAGACCAAUUUUAUCAAGAAGAACUGCUCUAUCAGAGGAAAAAGGAACUAAGACCAAAAAGUUAGGGGCUAAUCUGUUCUCUACCCAGAGUUCCUGAAUGUGUUGUAUAAGAACAAGUUUCAUGUUUUGAAAAUAUGCAAAUAAAACAGAUUAUUAGGGGUCCAGAAUCCAUGGUCUUGGGCAAAGCGUAGCCCCUCUCAGAAGUUCCUGGGAGAAUUCUGGUACAGUGUUUAAGGAUAAUUAGCCCUCAAGUCCACUUAGUCCAUUCAGGCUCAGUCCAUUGUAAUAAAAUACCAAUAGACUGGGUGGCUUAUCAAUGACAAACAUUAUCUCUCAUAGUUCUUGAGGUUGGAAGGCUGAGGUCAGCACGCCAGCAUGGUUGGGGAAAGGCCUACUACUGGGUAGUAGAAUUCUCAUUUUAUCCUUACAUGGUGGAAGGGGCAGGGGAGCUUUUGAUGAGGGGGAUCUCUUUUAUAAGAAUGCUAAUCUCAUUCAUAAGGUUCUCUACCCUCAUGACCUAAGCGCCUUCCAACGGCCCUACAUCCUAAUACCUUCUCCUUGUGGGUUAGGACUCAACAUGGGAACUUGGGGGGGACACAAAUUCAGACCAUAAACCCCAGAUACCAUGAACAUUUUUUUGAAAUCAUGCUCAUCUGUUAUCAGAACUGGCAUGUGAGUUGUGAUUUGUUUUAUACCAGAAACUUUAAAACAUUCACAAUUUUUUUAAGACAAUUUUUUAUAGCAGUUUAAAGUUCACAGCAACAUUGAGAGGAAGGUACAGAGAUUUCCCAUAUGCCCCCUGCCCCACCCCCAGACACACAGCCUCCCCCACAUCAGCAUCCUCAGAGUGCAGACAUUGAAAACAUUCACAAUUUUAAAACUAUAAAUAAUAGAUAAGAUUUAUUUUCAGUUCAAUACCUGACUCUGCCCUAUAAUUGAAAACGUUGGUGAAUGGGUGACGCACGUGACCCUACUUUGUACACUUCGUUGUGACAUAAGUACUGUGACUGCCAAGUUAUUCCCAGACCAGUUGCAGGAUGGCGUAGAAGACUUGCUUUCUUGUCAAAGAUGUAGCCAGUGCUGCUCAGAAAAAUCACUAAAUUGACACUUCACCUUGACAACCCAAAUUGCUCCAAUACCAUUUGGUCCCUGCCACAGUGGGGCUGUAUAACGCCUAGAAGACUCUGGCCAUGGUUAUCUGAUUCCUAUCAUAUGACGACACACCACACCACUUUACACCAUAUAGCCUCACACCAUGGCGUAUCACACCACACCACAGCACACCAGACACCACCACCCCAUCAAUACAGUGUCUCAGGUGUAUGGGGUCGGGGCAGGGAAGGGCCUGUAUUAGGGCAUUCAGAAGGCCUUUUUCCCUCUAAAGGGUAGAUGUGUCUAUGCCAUGGGAUGGACACAAAACAUAGACUCCAACGAUUGUAAAGGACCAGGAGGGAAUCUAAUCUAAAAUCCCACCCAGUAAAGGGGCCUCUUCUACAACAGCCUAGUUGAGGCUUAUCUGAAAGCUCCCAGUGGUACAGAAUUCACCAUCUGCUGCUCCAAGGGAAUUCAGCCACCACCCCUUCCAUCUGUGGACACCUUUAAUUGUUAGAAAAUCCUUCCUUGUCUUAAGCUGAAAUUGGCUGCUUCUUCGGCCCCUUGGUCAUGAUUCUGUUGUCCGGCGCUCCACAGCUAUGCCUCAGUUCUCACUCAGUUUCCUCUUUUCCAGUGACGACAUCCUCAGUUCUUUUCUCAAUUCUCAUCACACAGUAUCGACACUGUUAACCCACCAGGUGAUCCUGCUCUGAUUGCCACUGUCCACUAGUGAAGGCAACCUUGCAGAAGACUCUGAUGCUAUCACUCUCCACACCUUGCCACCGGACUUGAUGCUUGCAGCCAUUCCUUUGAGCCGACUGGUAGUCAGGAAUUGGGAUUCUAGCACAAGUUCUGCUAGUGUGAGACCUUGAACAAGUCAUUGAUUGUCUCUGGAAAUUCAUUUUCUCAAUAGUAAAAAUGAAGGGGCUGGGUUACUUUACAUUCUAUGAUUCAUGCUAUGGUCUCGGGGCUGGUCAAUAUCCAAUGCAGAUUUAUCUUAUGAAAGAGAGAAGAUUGGCAACAGUCACCGUCACAGAACUAGGUUUCUGUCCCUUUACUAACGCCAGCUGAGCAAAGAGACAACAGGCCCCAGGGGUGGUGAGGGGACAGAGUUUUGGUAGGUACUAGAAGGGAGAAGAGCCAGGAACACAGAGGGUUGCCUGUGGAGAGAAAAUCUGGAGGUCAGGUAGCAUUUCUAGCUGGGUGGAAGGAACCACAGUGGCUCUGGGAAGAGGUGCAGAAGAACGAAUUCCAAGAAGACAAAUUAAAUGGACUUUCCAGUUUGCCAGGACUUAGUCUAGUCCUCAAUUAGAUAUGCACUCUUACAGCAUAAUGAAACAGGAGGUCUUCUUUUGAAAGAAUAUUGACAUAGUGAGCUCAGCCAUUCAGAGACCAACUAAUCCAGUUUGUGAGUUAUAUAAGCACUUCAGUUUUCGCUCCUGAUGCUAGAAAUCUGCCAAACCACCACUUACAAACGGAACCAUCAGAGACAGGGAGAGGAGUAAGAUCAAAAAUGAACAAACACGGACUUCCCUGGUGGCGCAGUGGUUAAGAAUACGCCUGCUAAUGCAGGGGACA